AUGAAUACCUUGCCUGAUAAUCAUUCCAUCCAACUCACGGAAGAAGAAGCUCUUAUCCAUGACUUUGAUCAUGUGUCCAUCCAUCCCAAACCACAAGCCCACUCUUUCUGUUUGGUUGUCAAGAUACUCAACCCCAAAACUAUCAAAGCUGACUGGAUCCACAAAGCCAUGAAAGAUGCCUGGAUUGUCCGCUGCCCUUUCUCUAUAUUUGAGUACCACUCUGGUAUGUUCCUGGUUCGAUUUGGUUGUGAGGGUGACUGCAGAAGGGUGAUGGAGGGCCAGCCCUGGUAUUUUGAUCACUCUCUCAUGAUUUUCGCCAUCCCAGAUGAUUUUGAUACCAUACUCCCCAAUCAGCUUCGUUUCAUUCCUCUAUGGGUCCAAGUCCAUCUUAUUCCUUUUGGUUCUCAUUCUUAUAGCUUUGCCCAAUUUGUUGCUGAUACCAUCGGUGAUCUUAUUGAGGUGCACCUUGCUUCUCUCUAUGAUGCUAUUACCCCAUUUAUGUGUGUUCGUGUUUUGCUUGACACAACCAAACCUCUUCAUCGUGGCAUGAAUGUCCACUUCCGAAAGCUAUCUAUUACCAAAUGGCUUAAACUUCUUUAUGAAGGAAUCCAGAACUAUUGUUACCACUGUGGUAAGCUCGAUCACACUUUCAACAAGUGUAAGAAAUUUCUUCACCACUGUGAUAAUAAUCCUUUUCCCCCAGCCUUAGCUACAAAGAUUCCCUUCGAGCCCCAACCAAGUCAGUUUACAAAAAAAGCAUUUUUGAGUUCUCCACUUCCAUUCCUUUUGAGGAACAACCAACUCUAUCAAAUGCUGUGA